AUGAAAAAGCAAAGCUGGGACAAUCCGCCCGACUGGUACGGCAAGAAGAACUACCUGAUCACUGAACCUGGCGACUACUCCUUGAGGCAUGGUCACUUGAGGAGGCUUCGCGAUAGCAAGGUGCUGGUGGUGACAGACUUGGACCAUACGCUUGUUGGCCACGAGCGUGAUCCGGAGAAUAAGCUUCUGGAGGAGUUCAAGACUCUGUGGCUUGGCGAAUAUGCCUUGAACGGUUCAGCCCUAGCUUACUCCACGGGUCGGAGCAAGAGCAUGGCUCUCGACGUGGCGCAAGAGCGCCAGCUGAUACGACCUGACCUUCUGAUCUGUGGUGUCGGGACGGAGGUUUACACGGUUCCCUCCACCUUGCCCGUCCUGGGCUGGUGGGAGGCGCGGGACAGCCUGAACCUGGUUCCUGAAUGGAAGAGCAAGAUGCUCAACGGGUUUAAUCGUGCGGAAGUGGAGGAGGUUUUGACUUCGCGGUUCCCAAAGUUCGAGCUGCGAGGCACGCCGGAGAACGAUCCAUACCGCAUACCGACCGCCUACCAGAUGGACGAGGCUUUCGAUGCCUCAAAGAAGCAGCUCCAGGACGAGCUAGGCUCCAGCUACCAGGUGAUUUCCUCGGGACACGGUGAGUGGAAGCUCAUCGACAUUUGUUCUGCCGAGGCUGGAAAACUGAAAGCGAUGCAGUUUGCCAGUUCGACGCUCAAGUUUGAAGCGGCAAGCACGCUGGGAUGCGGAGACAGUGGCAACGAUGAGCUCAUGUUUAGGAAUGCUGGUGGACGCGGGGUAAUGGUUGCGAAUUCUCUGCCAGAGUUGGUGGAGGCCAUGACCGCAUCCGCAGACCCACCCACGAAAGAGCUGCAAAAAGGAGCUGAGUUUAAGACCUGCCACGGGAGCACCAUGCUUUUUGCUGGUAGAGAGGUCGCUGGCGGGAUCGUUGAAGCUCUCCAACACUUCUUUCCAUGA